AGCUUUUCUGAUAAGAGAGGGAAAGAGGCUUAAAUUUUGCUUAGAAGCCUAGAAGAAGAGAGACAGAGCUAGAGAGAGAGUGAGACAUUGUAGAGCAGGCAAUGGCGGUGGUGGGACGAGGCAUUGCAUCGCCAGGGGUGGUUCUAACCCUCACAGUGGCGGUGCUGUUGGUGAUGAUAUCGAGAGUUUCUUCCACAAGAUACAUCGUCGGAUCGAACAUGGGAUGGACUAGCAAUGUGAACUACACUAAUUGGGCCAAAGGCAAACACUUCUACCUUGGAGAUUGGCUCUUUUUCGUGUAUGAUAGGAACCAGAUGAACGUGUUGGAGGUGAACAAGACUAAUUACGAUCAAUGCAUAGAGACUCAUCCAAUCCACAACUGGACGACGGGAGCUGGGAGAGAUGUGGUUCCCCUCAAUGUGACCAAACGUUACUACUUCAUCAGUGGCAAAGGUUUCUGCUUCGGUGGAAUGAAGAUCUCCGUGCUUGUCGAAAACCUGCCGCCGCCGCCAACGGCGUCGCUGAACGAAAAGAGCGGAUCUCCUCCAACCUUUUGUAGCUACAGAGGUCACAUUGUUUUACCAGCUGCGUUCGCCAUUGCUGCUGUUUGGAACUCCUUCCUUCGUUUCUGGUAGCCCUUUUCUCUUUUACUGUUUUCGUGUUUGAUGAGAGUGAGAGAUAGUGUGUGAAAGCGAGAGAUCGAGGGAGUGACAUUAAUGAAUCUGUCUGUCACUUCCCCCUCCUCAGUCCUCCCCCCUUUUUUUUAUUUUUUUAUUAGAGAGAUUUUUCAAAUCAUAGGGAGAAUCUGUGCUUGUCCGCCGCAAGUCAUGGCGGUUCUUGAUGUAGUCUCGUGUGAUGUGAUUUCUCUUGUUAUGUUCCA